GAGUGAGAGAUGCUCCCCCGCCUGCGCCGGCCGAAGUCUCGUCAAGUCGUCCCCCCAUAGUCGCCACCGCCGGCCGCCGCAAGCCCGCCACCCCAAGCCGCGGCCCGCGGGCGAAGACCAAAUGCGCUCGCAGUCGCCGUAGCGCCACCGCGCAUCGGCCAUCCCCCUCCGUUGGGGAGUCGGUCACGCCAUGGAGGCGGACGAGCGGGCGGAGGAGGCGCGGCGCGCCAAGGAGGCCGGCAACGACGCCUACCGCAAGUCCUUCCUCGAGACGGCCGUCGAGCACUACACCCGGGGCGGGCUCCUCGACCCCAGAGACAUCUCCUUCCUUACUAACCGCGCCGCCGCCUACUUCCGCUUGGGCAAGUAUAAGGAGUGCGUGAGGGACUGCGACGAGGCGGUGAAGCGCGGCAGGGACCUCAGCGCCGACAACAAGCUGGUCGCGAAGGCGCUGUUGCGGAAGGCGUCGGCGCUGCUCGAGCUCGCCGCAUGCUCCGGAGAUUACGCACCGGCGAUCAGGGCCCUGGAGCAGUCGCUCACCGAGCAUUACAGUGAGGAGACGCACGAGAUGCUCAACAGGGCGGUGGUAGUUCAGAAGGAGCUUGAGGAGCAGGAGCGAUUGGAUCAGGAGAUGGCCGACCAACACCGCGAGAAAGGCAACGAAUUGUUCAAGCAGAAGCAAUACCAUGAAGCAGCAAUACACUACACACGAGCUACAAAAAUGAACCCAAAGGAUCCAAAAGCGUUUAGCAACAGAGCUCAAUGCCACAUCUAUCUGGGAGCUUUACCUCAAGGUCUUGAGGAUGCACAGAAAUGUGUUGAACUGGAUCCAACUUUUCUGAAGGGCUAUGUGCGUAAAGCUAAAGUUCAGUUCCUGAUGGAAAAUUAUGAAAAUGCUAUGGCAACUUACCUAGAGGGUUUGAGGUGUGACCCAAAUAAUCUGGAAGUUCUUGAUGGCUUAAGAAGAUGUGCAGCAUGCAUUAAGAGGGCUAAUGGGGGUGAUGUUGAGCUUAAGGACUUGAAAGAGAUGUUGGGAGAUUUCCAAUCAGAAAAUGACCUGCUUAAAUUUCGAAAAGCAACAGAACAAGCUACAAUACUCAAGAAGGAAGCUUCUGACGAGCGUUUGAAGCGUAUUGAAUCUGAACGAAUGGCUAGAACAAUGGAGGAAUAUCUUUCAGGAGUGCAGCAAGAGUCGGAACGACUUAAGAAACAACAUCAUGAGGUUAUGGAGAAACUUCUGAAGGCAAACAUGGAUAAUGAGCAUCUGCAGGGUCAGCUCUCUGAAUCCAGAGGACAAUAUGAACAGAUUCUAUCAGAGCAUGAUCGCUUGCUACACGAGAGGAAUCAUGCUGUCCGUGAGGUUCAAGAGUUACGCCAGAAAAGAGGCCAGAUGCUUUCAGUGUUGGUUACAGCAAUGCACUGUGAGUUUUCAUCGUCUGAACUGGAGCAUGCUACUGACAAUUUCAGUAGUUCGCUUAAGAUUGGAGAAGGUGGGUUUGGCUGUGUGUACAAAGGUACCCUCCGGAACAUGACGGUUGCAAUAAAGGUGUUGAAACCUGAUGGUUUACAGGGGCAAUCACAGUUCGAGCAAGAGGUUGCUAUCCUGAGUAGAGUGAGGCACCCUCACCUUGUAACCCUGUUAGGAGCUUGCUCGGAGAUAUCUACACUUGUAUAUGAGUUCUUACCAAAUGGAAGCCUUGAAGAUUUUCUCAUGUGUGCAGAAAAAAGGCAGACUCUAUCAUGGCAAAUUCGAAUCCGGAUAAUUUCUGAGAUCUGUUCAGCACUGACCUUUCUGCACAAGAAUAAGCCGCACCCAGUUGUUCAUGGAGAUCUGAAGCCUGCCAACAUCCUUCUUGAUGUUAAUUUGGUCAGUAAGCUUAGUGACUUCGGUAUCUCUCGCCAUCUGAUCCAGUCCAGCACCAACAACACUACCAUGUAUCACACCAUGCAUCCUAUGGGAACCCUUCAAUACAUGGACCCAGAAUUUUUUGCCACUGGAGAGCUGACAUGUCAGUCGGAUAUCUAUUCUUUUGGGAUUGUGGUCUUGCGCCUUUUGACCGGAAAACCUCCUGAUGGUAUAAAGAGGAUUGUGGAGGAUGCCAUGGAGAAAGGCGACCUGAACUCGGUAGUUGAUACCUCGGCAGGAGAGUGGCCUGUUGUGCACGUCCAGCAGUUAGCACUCCUUGCUCUCAGUUGUACAGAGCUGAGCCGGAAGAGCCGUCCUGAUCUUUCGGCCGUGGUGUGGGCAGUGGUUGAGGCGAUGAAGGAUGCUGCAACAAUACCUUCAGCCUCAUCUUCUAGAUCAGUGUCAGAUGAAAACAGCACACCAUCAUAUUUCAUUUGCCCUAUAUCUCAGGAUGUCAUGGACGAUCCACAUAUCGCAGCUGACGGAUUCACCUACGAAGCCGAGGCCAUCAGGAGCUGGCUCGACAGUGGUCACGACACGUCUCCAAUGACCAACAUGCGACUAGAACACGACGAACUCAUUCCCAAUCGCGCGCUUCGCUCUGCCAUCCUGGAAUGGCUCCAGCAGCAGAAUACGGCCUUGUAGUCUGUUCCCUGUUGGAUUGCUGCGUGCUUCUCCACCACUACACACGAGUCGAAUUACUCCACUAUUAGCUGCUCAUCAACUGCUGGCCCCUGCCAUGUACAGCUUCAAUAUUUAACUAGAUGUAAGAGACUAAGAGUGUACCAUCUACCAUGUAACCGUCGUAAUAUAGCUAGUGUUAUUAACAUACUAAUGCCUGCCAAAGCUUGCAUGCCCUGUUUAGCAAGCGUAGAAGAGGAAAUAGCAGCUUCGUUCCUUGUACUGUGUGGCUCUAAGUCUGAAGGUCCUACACCGGAUUUGCUUGA